AUGGGCAGUAGGACUGAUGGUGUAGUCCGUGGUCAGAUGGCUGGACUUCAGAGGGACCAGAGGGUCAUUGGUAAUUUGGUCUCUGUCAUCAGGCACAAGAACCGGCAGGAGGUCGGGAUGCUGGCUGCACUGACAAGACGCAAAUGGGGGUCAUUGAUCACGGGACAGAGGACUGAGGAGGCUGAGGACACGGAGGAUGAGGAGAAGGAGGAGGAGACUGAGGAGAUGGAGGAGAUGGAGGAGAUGGAGGAGAAGGCUGAGGAGAAGGAGGAGGAGACUGAGGAGAUGGAGGAGGUUUAG